AAUUUUUUAUGAAUUCCUGCUGUUUGCCUCUUCAGCUACCUACUUCCUAAAAAGGAUGUAUGUCAGUGGAUAGAACAGGGCAAACUUAUUCGAAAAAGAAAUAAGAAAUAAUUGCCAGUGUGUUUUUAAAUGAUAUGAAUCAGUAGUGGGGCAAAGAGGAUAGGGAAAAAAAAUUCUAUUUGGUGCUGGAAAUACUGCGCUUUUUUUUUUCCUUUUUUUUUUUUUUUCUGUGAGCUGGAGUGUGCCAGCUUUUUCAGACGGAGGAAUGCUGAGUGUCAAGGGGUCAGGAUCAAUCCGGUGUGAGUUGAUGAGGCAGGAAGGUGGGGAGGAAUGCGAGGAAUGUCCCUGUUUGUGUAGGACUCCAUUCAGCUCAUUGGCGAGCCGCGGCCGCCUGGAGCGUAUAAAAGCCUCGGGCCGCCCGCCCCAGCCUCACACAACAACUCUUCCCCGCUGAGAGGAGGCAGCCAGUGCGACUCCACCCUCCAGCUCGACGGCAGCCGCCCCGGCCGACAGCCCCGAGACGACAGCCCGGCGCGUCCCGGUCCCCACCUCCGACCACCGCCAGCGCUCCAGGCCCCGCCGCUUCCCGCUCGCCGCCACCGCGCCCUCCGCUCCGCCCGCAGUGCCAACCAUGACCGCCGCCAACGUGGGCCCCGUCCGCGUCGCCUUCGUGCUCCUCCUCGCCCUCUACAGCCGGCCGGCCGUCGGCCAGAACUGCAGCGGACCGUGCCGGUGCCCGACCGAGCCGGCGCCGCGCUGCCCGGCGGGCGUGAGCCUCGUGCUGGACGGCUGCGGCUGCUGCCGCGUCUGCGCCAAGCAGCUGGGCGAGCUGUGCACCGAGCGCGACCCCUGCGACCCGCACAAGGGCCUCUUCUGUGACUUCGGCUCCCCCGCCAACCGAAAGAUCGGCGUGUGCACCGCCAAAGAUGGUGCUCCCUGCAUCUUCGGUGGUACGGUGUACCGCAGCGGAGAGUCCUUCCAGAGCAGCUGCAAGUACCAGUGCACGUGCCUGGACGGGGCGGUGGGCUGCAUGCCCCUGUGCAGCAUGGACGUUCGUCUGCCCAGCCCUGACUGCCCCUUCCCGAGGAGGGUCAAGCUGCCCGGGAAAUGCUGCGAGGAGUGGGUGUGUGACGAGCCCAAGGACCAAACCGUGGUUGGGCCUGCCCUCGCGGCUUACCGACUGGAAGACACGUUUGGCCCAGACCCAACUAUGAUUAGAGCCAACUGCCUGGUCCAGACCACAGAGUGGAGCGCCUGUUCCAAGACCUGUGGGAUGGGCAUCUCCACCCGGGUUACCAAUGACAACGCCUCCUGCAGGCUAGAGAAGCAGAGCCGCCUGUGCAUGGUCAGGCCUUGCGAAGCUGACCUGGAAGAGAACAUUAAGAAGGGCAAAAAGUGCAUCCGUACCCCCAAAAUCUCCAAGCCUAUCAAGUUUGAGCUUUCUGGCUGCACCAGCAUGAAGACAUACCGCGCUAAAUUCUGUGGAGUAUGUACCGAUGGCCGAUGCUGCACCCCCCACAGAACGACCACCCUGCCGGUGGAGUUCAAGUGCCCUGACGGCGAGAUCAUGAAGAAGAACAUGAUGUUCAUCAAGACCUGUGCCUGCCAUUACAACUGUCCCGGAGACAAUGACAUCUUUGAGUCUCUGUACUACAGGAAGAUGUACGGAGACAUGGCAUGAAGCCAGAGAGUGAGAGACAUUAACUCAUUAGACUGGAACUUGAACUGAUUCACAUCUCAUUUUUACUUAAAAAUGAUUUCAGUAGCACAAGUUAUUUAAAUCUGUUUUUCUAACUGGGGGAAAAGAUUCCUACCCAAUUCAAAACAUUGUGCCAUGUCAAACAAAUAGCCUAUCAACCCCAGACACUGGUUUGAAGAAUGUUAAGACUUGACAGUGGAACUGCAUUAGUACACAGCACCAGAAUGUAUAUUAAGGUGUGGCUUUAGGGGCAGUGGGAGGGUACCAGCAGAAAGGUUAGUAUCAUCAGAUAGCAUCUUAUAAGAGUAAUAUGCCUGCUAUUUGAAGUGUAAUUGAGAAGGAAAAUUUUAGCGUGCUCACUGACCUGCCUGUAGCCCCAGUGACAGCUAGGAUGUGCAUUCUCCAGCCAUCAAGAGACUGAGUCAAGUUGUUCCUUAAGUCAGAACAGCAGACUCAGCUCUGACAUUCUGAUUCAAAUGACACUGUUCAGGAAUCGGAAUCCUGUCGAUUAGACUGGACAGCUUGUGGCAAGUGAAUUUGCCUGUAACAAGCCAGAUUUUUAAAAAUUUAUAUUGUAAAUAUUGUGUGUGUGUGUAUAUAUAUACAUAUGUACAGUUAUCUAAGUUAAUUUAAAGUUGUUUGUGCCUUUUUAUUUUUGUUUUUAAUGCUUUGAUAUUUCAAUGUUAGCCUCAAUUUCUGAACACCAUAGGUAGAAUGUAAAGCUUGUCUGAUCAUCCAAAGCGUGAAAUGGAUACUUAUAUGGAAAUUCUGCUCAGAUAGAAUGACAGUCCAUCAAAACAGAUUGUUUGCAAAGGUGAGGUAUCAGUGGUCCUUGCCAGGCUGAUUUCUAGGUAGGAAAUGUGGUAGCCUCACUUUUAAUGAACAAAUGGCCUUUAUUAAAAACUGAGUGACUCUAUAUAGCUGAUCAGUUUUUUCACCUGGAAGCAUUUGUUUCUACUUUGAUAUGACUGUUUUUCUGACAGUUUAUUUUUUGAGAGUGUGACCAAAAGUUACAUGUUUGCACCUUUCUAGUUGAAAAUAAAGUGUAUAUUUUUUCUAUAAA